UCAUCGCCCUGAUUCAUCCGAUUCCACUAAAAAAUAAGCAAAACUACACUUGCUUUUCGAAUAUCAAUAUAUAUUUUAGAUAUUGAUUUCUCCUGUUUAGAUUUCGUCAAUGAGAAUCGAUUACGCUUUCAUGCGUUAAGGUUUCGAUUUAGGGUUUAUAUUAUUUCGAGGACGUAGUUCGAGAAAAAAAAAUUCUCGAUCGUUUUGUUUUUAUUGAUUUCUAGGAUCGGCUAUGUGUGUGAUCAUUUUAAUUUGCUUAUAGUUUUUCGGGGAUUGUUGGUGAUUAUCUUUCCGUUAUCAGUGGUAUUCUGGGUAUUUUUAUCCCAAGUACCUGUUGAAGUUGAAAAAAUUUACUCUGGGAGUUUGUGUGUGGGUAUUUUUAGAAUUUGGGAGUUAUUUGAUCGAAUUAAUUGCCAUGGAUCACGUUGUGGGUGGAAAGUUUAAGCUUGGAAGGAAAAUUGGGAGUGGUUCAUUUGGUGAACUUUAUUUAGGUGUAAACAUUCAAAAUGGAGAAGAAGUAGCCAUCAAGCUGGAAUCUGUGAAGACCAAGCACCCUCAACUUCACUAUGAGUCUAAAAUUUAUAUGCUUCUUCAAGGAGGAAGUGAGUCUUUCUCUCUCUUCCUUUCUCAAACAAGACUUGAAAUUUUUUAAUCAAAUGCUGUAAUUUUAUUCUUUC